AUGCCGGACGAGAACCUCACAGAGUAUGAGCGCCAGCGAUUAGCGCACGUUCAGCGAAACCGCGAGUACAUGGCUCGCUUGGGUGUGAACGCACUCGCGGAUGACAUUCGAAACAAGAUGUCGUCGCGGAAGAUUAGCACUACGUCACGGAAAAGAGUGAAGCGCGAAGAGCCGAGCGAGCCGACGAGGCGGUCGUCCAGGGUCGUCGGUGUGAAGGCCGAGUACGAUGGAUCGACCAUCGACGCCUUGCUCGAUGAGGACGAGGAAAACGAAAACGGUCGGGCGAGGAAGCGCGCGAGCGUCGACGCCGAGUUGGACGACGACGAGUUGGCAAAGGACGUCGUGGCGACGUCGAGAGAAUGGCUCGCAGAAGCGCGAGAAAAGUUACUCGCCACGCGUGCGGACGUUGCCAAUUCUUUUGUCGAAAAGUCAGCGAAAGACGAGGCGUGGCGCCGCGACGCCGUGGCGCGUUGGGGAGACAGCGUACCGUCCGCGCGUUCUGUGAGCGAUUGGAAGGCGUGGACGAUGUCUCGAUUAGGAACGCCUCCGCCGCCGUCACCCAUGCAAUUGUUGCAAGAGUAUUACGCGCAUGACGCGUGGCAGUUGCUGAUCGCGUGUGCUCUGAUGUCGCGCGUCGCGAGCGGUGCUCUCAAACACGAAUGCAUAUCAAACUUUUUCGCGAAAUUCCCGACGCCGAGCGCGGCGCUCGCGGCGGAUUCGCAGGACGUGUUCGAAAUCAUCAAGCGCCUCGGCUUGUUCCCCGGGAGGAUGCGGACGAUCGUGGAGGUGUCCACGAAGUUUCUAUUGGAAACUGGCGAGUUUGAAGUCGGACUCGAGCCCGAGUUGAAAAUUUACGGUAUCGGCGAGUUUGGAGUGGAUUCGUUUGAGAUUUUUGCCCGUGGCGACGUCCGACGUAAACCAAAAGAUUGCAACCUACAAUCAUUUUGCGCAUGGCAGCGCCGUCACGGGAACGGGAAAGUUAAAGUCGAGACGUGA